AUGCGAACCAUCUUCCUCUAUCUCAUCACCUCUCCACUCGUCUAUUCCAAGCUCAAAGACGAGAUCACAACCGCCAUCAAGACCGGAGCCAUCUCAGAACCCAUCACAAACCAACAGGCUCUCAAAUUACCGUACAUGCAAGCUGUUAUCCACGAGGGCCUCCGCAUGAUGCCCAUCUCUGCUUUCGGCUUUCCCAAGAGAGUACCCGCGGAGGGAGACAUGAUUUGUGGCAUACACGUCCCUGGUGGAACAGACAUCUUUCCUAACAACCUCGCCAUUCAACGAAGCAAAAAGGUGUUUGGGGAUGACGUCGAUGUUUUCCGGCCAGAGAGGUGGUUGAUUGAAAACACUCGAGGACCGGAACACCGCAGCUUGAUGGUCCGACACAUCGAAGUCAUCUUUGGUCAUGGAAGAUGGCAAUGCCCGGGGCGGAUGCUUGCUUGGGUUCAGCUGAACAAGGUCUUUGUGGAGGUUUUGAGGAACUUUGACUUUCAGGUUGGCAACCCGAGAGAUCCUUGGAAGUUGGGGGUUUAUAGCUCGGUUACUGUUGGCGACUUUUGGGUGAAAGGUGUUGAAUCAAGGCAGGAGUAA